GUUCUUUUUUGGCCAAUAGUACUAUAGUUUUUAUAUACAUAUUUUCAACUUUAUUUUUUACACGACAUGUAAUAACGACAUACAUGCUAGCAAGUAAUACAUAUGAUAACAUUAUGUAUAUCUUGGUUUUUCUACUCGAUGUGAAUUUGUUUUGAACGUUUCAUAGUUUCUAAAUUUCCUAUUGUCUGUGCCGUAAAGUGUAAUUACGAUUGAAAAAUUAUUUAAGAUCCUGUAGCUACUUUUAUAAAGAUUUGUAGCGUAUUAUUAUUUCAUUUAUGUUUUUAAAUAUGUCACAAUUUUAAACAUAAAUAUCUUCAAAACAAAUAAAAUGGAAUCUUCACAAAUAAUUAAAAGUAAAAGGAAUAAAUUUCUUAAUUUACUCCUUCAAAGAGAAAUUCAUGAACCUACGGCACGUGUAUUACCUAAUAAAUUACACGUGACAGAUGACUUUAUAGCACGCUUAGGAUUGGAAAAAGAACUGAAUGGACAUGAAGGAUGUGUAAAUUGUUUAGAAUGGAGUGAAAAUGGCCAACUUCUUGCAUCGGCCUCAGAUGAUAUGCGUUUGAUUGUCUGGGAUCCAUUUCGUUAUAAACAAAAAGUUGCUCUGAAUACAGGUCAUACCGGGAAUGUCUUUUCAGUAAAGUUUUUACCAGAAACUGCCAAUGCAAUAGUGGCAACGGGUGCUGGAGAUAGUGGUGUGAGAGUUCAUCAUUUAUUUAUAAGAGAUACAUUUUUUGAAUGUAGCUGUCAUACAGGUCGUGUAAAACGAAUAGCAACUAGCAAUAGUGUUCCUUGUGUAUUCUGGACUGCUGCUGAAGAUGGGUUAAUAUUACAGUAUGAUAUGCGAGUUCGACAUCAUUGUAAAUCAAAUGAUCGUCGAAAUGUCUUGAUAGAUUUGAUAAACCAUGUUGGAAAGAAAGCUGAAGCUAAAUGUAUAGCUGUCAAUCCAACGAGAACAGAGUUAAUUGCAGUUGGUGCAAAUGAUUCUUAUGUUAGAAUGUAUGAUCGCAGGAUGAUCAAACUUAGUCAAAUCCCUACUGGAUCUACAUUGCAAAACGACUGGACCCGAGUAAACUCCAGUACCGCUGGCAAAGGAGAUCCAGAUGACAAUAUACCACUUGGUUGUGCCCAAUAUUUUAGUGCUGGACAUUUAGAUACAUCUUCAUUAAGAAUAAAAGAAAACACUAGGAAUUAUGCUUCAACUUACCUGACAUUUUCAGCUGAUGGUAGUGAGUUAUUAGUGAAUAUGGGUGGUGAACAAGUGUAUCUUUUUGAUAUAAUAAAACAUAAAAACUGUAAAACAUUUAUAAAUAAUUUUGAAAACGAAAUAUCUUCGAAACAGUCAGAAUCAGAAAAAAAAGAUGAUGAUGAUGAUAAUAUUAUAAAAUCAGCUUAUGGAAUUGAAGAUAAUACGAUGUGUGAUUUAUCAUCUAAAAAUAUCAAAGAAUUACCGAAAGAUAUUGAAGAUAUGAAAAAAGAAGCAAAUGCGAAAUUUGAACAACAAGAAUAUACAUUUGCAAUUAAUUUAUAUAACAGAGCUAUUAAUUUAUUAUCAUCCGCUGCGAUUCUAUAUGCUAAUCGAGCAGCAAUAUAUAUGAAAAGACGAUGGGAUGGUGAUAUGUACAGCGCAUUAAGAGAUUGUCAAAAAGCUUUACAAUUAGAUCCUGAUCAUGUUAAAGCACAUUUCAGAUUAGCUCGUUGUUUACAUGAAUUGCAUCGACCAGUUGAAGCAUAUAAAGUCAUUGAGGAUUUUCAAGAAAAAUUCCCAAGCUAUGCUGCUAAUUCAACUUGUUGGGCUCUAAAAAAAGAUAUCAAAGAAGCACUACAAGCAUAUACGAAAUACGUAGAUUCAUAUCCUCCACAAAUUUCUCCUUACGAACAAGAAUGGAGAAAACGUACAAUUCAUCAUAAACUUCGGUUUUACGGUCACUGUAACACAACUACUGACAUAAAAGAGGCCAACUUUUUUGGAAAUGAUCAGUACAUAAUUGCUGGAUCAGAUGAUGGCUUGUUUUUUAUUUGGGAUCGUCAUACGACAAAUAUAGUUAAAAUACUUCGUGGAGAUGACCGAAUUGUUAAUUGUCUACAACCUCAUCCAUCAACUUGUUUAUUAGCAACAAGUGGAAUUGAACGAGUGAUUAGGUUGUGGAGUCCAUUGCCAGAGGAUGAUAGUAAAAAUGAACGUGAAAUAAAUAAUUUCGACACUAUUGCAUCAGCAAAUCAAGUUCGUAUGAAUAGUGAUCCAUUUGAACUGAUGAUGACAAAUAUGGGAUAUCGAAUAACAGGUCAUUCCACCAUAGAUCUCGAGGAUGGAAGUGAAGAAACUGAUGAGCCUUUUUUUCAAUACACAAAUUGUCGAACUAGCUAAAUAUCCGUACUCCGGAAAAUUUUGAAUAGAUAUAUAAUAUUAAUAAAUCAUUAAUAUUAUAUAACUUGAGUAAUUUUUAUAAGGGCAUUUCUUAAGUGUAAAAUACACAUUAGGUAUACUCUUCCGAAUUGUCCAUUCGAAUACGCAGAUUAAUGUUUUAUCGUUGAAAGAAACAAUGGAUAUUUACUCAGUUAUUAUACUAAACUACUAUAGCCCAUUUAUACAGAUUUUGAUCUUGUGAAUAAAGUUUAUUUCUUCAAAGAUAAA